AUGAAACGAUACCUCGAAUAGCCAUGGACCAAUUUACAACUACCCCGAGCAGUUCCGACGUAGACCUCCUGAUUGAAAAGUUUAAGGUUGAGGUUACUAGGAGCAUCGAUGAAGCAAGUUCAGAUACGAGAAAACUUACAUUGACAUCUACAUUCCUAAAACCUAAAACUUCAGAAAUGAGUAACAACAUUGAUAAACAAAUAACUGAUUUGGAGAAUAUAAUAAAGAAGCUACAAGAUGAAAUCACUGAAAUGUCCAAAAACGCUGAUCGUGAAGUAGAAUAUACUCCAAUAAUGUCCGAAGAUCCUAGCAGAGUUAGACAAGGUUUGAGUAAUGAGACAAUCAUUUUAGAUAACAACUCUGAUAAUAUUGAGGAAACAGAAAGUGUGAGAGACGCAAUGAAAGGAAAAGAGAGCAAAAACUGUUUUGAGUCUGAACAGUACAACCACGUAUUCCCACUUAUGAUCAGGGACGUUUUACUGCCUUUUGAUGGUGGUCUGACAACUUGUGAGCAUACCAUUAACGAUUUAAGAAGUUUAGAUGGGUCUGAAAAGUUUUUAACUAUAAAACAAGAUGUUAUAGACGUUUGGAAUGGUCUGCCAGAUUACACGCCGAAGGACAAUUUGGAAGUACGCAUUUGUGAAUUACAACAAGAAAUAACUGACCAAAUGGAAACAUUGAAAGAUAACAUUGAAGAAUCCAGCGACCAGUUUCAUGAUGCCUAAUAAAACUCUA